GAAGUGCAUAAAGAUUUUACAUCGGUAUAACUUAUUAAAGAUUUUGCAUGAUUUACCGGAUUAUUUAUCUACAUUAGGCUAUAGCAGCAGGAUUUCAGGGCAGUAGACUAGGCUUGCAGAUAUGACCGAAGUUAAGGUUAAGGAUGAAGGUGGAGACACAUUGACCAUGAUUGACUUUGGCGACUUCCGGUCUUCUUUAUUUGGCCGGACAAUCGAAUACAUCCGCGAUGUGAACAAACAUUUGAAUGAUUUCCAGUUUAAAGACGACGAUGUUCUUCUAUGUUCUUAUCCAAAAGCAGGCUGUACAUGGACUUACGAAAUACUAACAAUGCUGAUGAAAGGGAAGCCAGAAGGUCCAGCAGAAAGUAAAAUGUUCUCAAUGAUAGAAGCGACAUCCGCAGACGAUAUUAACAAAAUUCCAUCACCUAGAUUAUUAAACACGCAUCUACCUUAUAGAAGAAUACCGGCGGACAUAAACAACAAAACUGUGAAAAUUGUGUUUGUGGUUCGAAAUCCAAAGGACGUGGCGGUGUCACUGUACAGCAUGCUGUACGCGUUCAAACACUACAACUACAGCGGCACAUUCAGUAACUGGCUACCCCUGUUUCUCCGCGGUGAUCUUGCCUAUGACCGAUAUUUGAGAUAUUUGAAAGACUGGGAAGAUGUACUGAAAGCUAAUAAACACAACAUGUUGGUGCUGUAUUUCGAGGAAUUAAAAAAGGAUACGUUAACAGGGGUAAGAAAACUUGCAGAAUUUCUAGGAGUUCACCAUAGUGACGAACUGUUACAGGAAAUUUCAGAUAAAUGUCAGUUCCAGCAUAUGAAGGAGCGAUAUUCCAAAAGCAUGCUGGGACCAAGUCUGUAUAAACCGGAAGUUAAAUAUGGAUUUAUGAGGAAAGGGCAAGUAGGGAACUGGAAGGAUUGGUUUACAGUAGCCCAGAGUGAGGAGGUAGAUAGAAUGGUAUCUGAAGAAAUGAAAGACUCAAAUUUUAAGUUUAUCUAUCAGUUGUGACACCACGUGCAUGUUGUCUUAAAAUCAUUCAUUGUGUUGAUAUUUAUAUACUUGUUUUAGUAUUGCUACUAUUUUUGUUAGAACUAUCAAUUAUCAGGAAAAUGUAAUAAAAUUUUGUAAACAGAGAGAUUAUAUUUGCUAUGAUACUAUA